GAUGCGUGUAUCUCCUCUGAAAACACUUUACUUUAACCUUUUCCACUACUGUCACACUGGUGUUUUUUCCGUACGAGCACCGGUUUUUAUCAUACUGUCUUGUGGAAGAAAUGUUAAUAUUAGUUUCGGUCCGUAAAGCUAUAAAACUAACUAUAACCACCGCCUGACCUGGCUUCGCCUCCUCGACGACAUAAUAAUAGCUUUCAGGUUUUUUUGGGAACACGGUGUGCUCGAUCGACACCGCUCUCAUCCAGGACAGUACCGGUGGUUUUCAGAUAGUACUUUUAGUCAACACAAUCAUUACUCGUCGUCGUGUAAAUAUCUUCACUGACUGUGGUGAUGAAGUGGCAUCGGCUUACUUGCUAGCAAAGCGAGCUAACAGCAGCCCCCCUUGCUAAAAAUACACUUUUCCUGCCAGUCCACAUUGGAUUACUUGUCUUUGGCUUUUUUCUGGUCGCCUUGCUCGGAGUUUGACACUCUACAUGGUCGCUACAGUGAAAACAAGACGACUGGAAGAGCGAGUGGGACGCCGGGGUUGUGAGCCGAGCUGGGCGGCUUCAGGUGGCUGGUCAAAGAUAAAACCCUUUGUUUCCACUGUCAACUGUCUUGAGAUUGACGAGAGACUUCAUCCACACACAUCAUGUCGGAGGAUAACAACGCAGACAAAUUCAUCAAGGAGACAUCCAUUCUCGACGAGUAUAGCAUAAACUGGACCCAGAAGCUGGGAGCCGGCAUCAGUGGACCCGUCAGAGUUUGUGUGAAGAAGUCAACUCAGGAACGCCUGGCACUGAAGAUCCUCAUUGAUCGCCCCAAGGCUAGAAAUGAGGUGCGACUCCAUAUGAUGUGUGCCAAUCACCCAAACAUUGUGCAAAUCCUGGAGGUUUAUGCCAACAGUGUCCAAUUCCCGCAUGAGUCCAGCCCGAGAGCGAGGCUCCUGAUCGUCAUGGAGAUGAUGGAGGGUGGCGAGCUGUUCCACAGAAUCAGUCAGCACAGGCACUUUACUGAAAAGAUGGCCAGCCAGGUCACUAUGCAGAUCAGUCAAGCCCUGGAACAUUGUCACUCCCUAAAUAUUGCACAUCGUGACCUGAAGCCAGAGAACCUGCUCUUCAAAGAUAACUCUCUGGACGCUCCUGUGAAGCUGUGUGACUUUGGCUUUGCCAAAAUUGAUCAAGGAGACUUGAUGACCCCUCAGUUCACUCCCUACUACGUAGCACCUCAGGUACUUGAGGCUCAAAGAAGACACCAGAAGGAAAAGUCUGGAAUUAUACCUACCUCACCCACUCCUUAUACCUAUAACAAGAGCUGUGACUUGUGGUCUCUCGGUGUGAUCAUCUAUGUAAUGCUGUGCGGCUAUCCUCCGUUCUACUCCAAGCACCACAGUCGCACCAUCCCGAAGGACAUGAGAAAGAAGAUCAUGACGGGCAGCUUUGACUUCCCUGAAGAUGAGUGGAGUCAGAUCUCUGAGAUGGCGAAGGACAUUGUACGAAAGCUGCUGAAAGUGAAGCCAGAAGAGAGGCUGACUAUUGAGGGAGUCUUGGCUCACCCUUGGCUCAACUGCACCGAGGCUCUUGACAACGUGCUGCCCUCCGCACAAAUGAUGAUGGACAAGGCUGUAGUCGCAGGUAUCCAGCAGGCCCAUGCAGAACAGCUGGCCAACAUGAGGAUUCAGGAUUUGAACGUCAGCCUGAAGCCCCUAAACUCUGUCAACAACCCAAUCCUCAGGAAGCGGAAACUACUAGGCCCCAAGCCCAGUGAUGGUUUCUUCAUUCAUGAUCCAGAGAACGGAGGGGAGGACUCCAAUGUAGCGCUGGAAAAAUUACGAGAUGUCAUUGCACAGUGUAUACUACCACAAGCAGGAGAGAACGAGGACGAGAAGCUGAACGUGGUGAUGUAUGAAGCCUGGAGGUUCAACAGGGACUGUAAACUGCUGAGAGACGGCCUGCAGGGGCUCAGCUGGGACGGAAGAGCCUUCUCCGAUAAAGUUGACCGCUUGAAGUUGGCUGAAAUAGUGAAACAGGCCAUCGAAGAGAAGACGAAUCUCCAAGAAUCUCAUUAGCGAACACAGUCUUUCUAUCUUCUUUUUAUAUUGUUUAUUAUGACCCUUUUUAACCCACAUCUCUAAAGAAGCUUUUUUAUGUAAAAUGAUGCGCUAUUUUUUUUUUUUUUUUCAUGAAUUCACUUGCAAAGACCUAUUGUACAGCUGUAGAUAUAUUUCAAAGAGGACUCAUUGGUACUAUAAUUUUUUUUAAAUGGACACUUGCAAAGAACAUGGAAAAUCCUAUAUUUUCAUUUUUGCAAAAAAAAGAAAGAAAAAAGUAAGAAAAUAAGAAAAAGAUAACAGAUAAGAUGACAAAUCAGUGAAAGAAAUUAUUUUCUGGGAGGGAAUUUUUAUUAGCUGCUUGUCCACGAUGUCACGUUUUAUCCCAAUAGUUCAUUUUAUUCAAUUUUCUGUUCUUUUAACCAUCCUAAGAUUUUAUUUAUUUAAACAAGUUCAUUAUUUUAUACUUUUCCUGUAGCCUAGCAGUGGGCUCUAAAGUUGGGAAAAGCUGUCUACGUUGUGACUCGACACACUCUCUGAGUCUUAGUCUGGGUUUAAAUGAUAUUAAUCUUUUUUGUGUGUGUGUGUAACUCGAGCUUGGCCUUUUUGUUGUAUGGAGGUCAAGGAAGAGUGGAAUAUGGAGGUAAAAGAAAGUGUUCAGCCCAACAUUCAUUUUGCCACAACUCUCCCUCUUGAAGCUGGCAAGAGACGCACAUAAUAGAUCUGAACAGACCUUAAGCAUAAACACUACGGCUUGUUUUCUUUUCUGGCUCAUGUACAAUAAAUCCACAAAUAUAUUUAAAAAUCGUAACUUUUUUUUUAGAGCUUUCAACUGACACACAAUGGUGCUCAGGCUAUGGCACAUGGUUGAAAGUUAAGAAAAAAGCUACUAAGUGGAUCUUGAGUUAAAAUGUCUUCGUCUAACUGCUGUUUCCAAAGUUAAAAGUUAGAUCCAUGUACUGUAGUUUCACAAUCUCGCUGUUCAACUCAUACAUGUGAAGUAAAGAUGCAGUUUAUUUGCUUCUGAAGUUUUUGUCUGGCAAGUUAAAAUUAUUUCAAAAAUGCUUUUUAUGUUUGCCCAUUUCUAAUGUGAUUUUAAAAGGUCUUAAGUUCAUUUAAAAUGGUUGAUCUGUGAAAUGGACAGAAUCUCAGCUAUUUGGAGUUAUAUAUCUACUUGAAUUCAGUUAAUAUUUAAAUUCUUUUUAAAGCAAGAGCAUUUGCUACUUGAGCCAAAAGAAACACAAAACCACCUGACAUUUUUUAGUGCAAUUCAGUUGACUUCUUUAUGUCAGUAGGAAAAUAUCCAUAAACAGGUCUGUUAGGAUUUCACUGUCAUUAAACUUGCUGUGCUACUGAAUGUGCAAUAGGGCAAUAAUUUAAUCAUGUGUUCAUAGUGCUUGCAUGUACAUGGAGGUGUGAUAGUUCAUAUCAGUAUGUCAGUAUUACUGUCUAAAACAGAUCUUUUCCUGCUUCAUUUCAUUCAAAUACCAACAAAUGGUCCUGCCCUUCUCUCCCCCUUUAAGUUGUUAUUAAUAUCAUAUCAUUGAUUAGUCAGAAUGAAAUGUGCUCUAGUCAUAUCUGAUAUUAUUUCUCCAAAGGAGGGGUUGAAAGAUGGGAUUCACACAGUGUGUAGAUGGCUGCGGUUGCAUCUUCUCUUGUUCAGUGCUGGAUUAUUUCUAAUUCAUGUACUUUAAUUAAAUUCAUGUGUGUUUGACCUUAAUGAGAAACUGUCUAUUCAGAGUGAUUAGCAAACACUGGUGCAAUAUAUUGUGGCUUUUCCACUGAAAACUCCAAUUUCAAUGAUUUUUUAUUUUUUUUUUAUAUAUAUUUUUUUAGAUAAACUGAAGGAUGAAGCAUUCGGUUAUGGGAUAAGAAAAUUGUUACAAAGCUAAAAACAGAUGCUCAGAGAUGUUUGACAGUGACAAUAUUUAAAUCGGACAUGAAAAGAAAAAAAUGCAAGCCUUCCUUUUGUAUGCCUGUUUUUAUUAUCUAGGAUUUGGCCUAUUGUUUUUUAUUUUAUCUUUUAGAAAAGGCAAUCAGUACUGACAUGACUCUGAAAUCAUCUUGGCCUCCUGUCUUGUUAGAAAGAAAAAUGUGAGAAACCUUGGCCAAGAUGUUGCUUCACAGCCCCCUGUUUAAAGCCCAAUGAAAAACAUUUGAAAAGGCCUUAUUGCAUGGCAGAGUUUUACAAGCAAACGUGCCUUGUUUGUUUAUCAGUGAGAAUAAAUUACAAGAUGAAGGUGAAACUCAGAAUCAUUGCAGGUAGUAUUUGUCCUUCUGGCUGUGAUUUACUUGUUUCCAUGUGGAGAAAUUGAGAUUUUAUUCCACAAUUAGAAGAGAUUAUGUCUUAAAAUGACCCUGUAACACGUCUGUCUUUAUGUUUCAUGUUGGAUAAUUUCAUUUUGGAGCACAAAAAAAACACAUCAAACGUACGUUACUGCAAAAUCAGCAGAGCUACUGUUGCUGUUUUGUUUCACUUUGACCAGGUCUGUGUGUGAGGAUGUCUAAUUAAUGUAUGUGUGUGUGUGUGUGUGUGUGUGUGUUAGUCUGACUGAAGAAAGUGUGUUGUUUUGUCUUUGUAUUUCUGGAGGCCUAUCAAUGAAUCAGAGCUGCUUCCUUUAAUCUCUUCCCCACCCUUAGAUAACAGAAUAUAUAUAUAUAUAUAUAUAUAUAUAUAUAUACCCUCAGCUGCCUGAGAGUAUUAAUAUUGAAGGGCAGUGUAUUUAUUAGCAUUUCUGUACUGUAAAGUCAAGGCAUCUAUCUUGAUAUUGAUAAUCCUCACAAUAGAAACCCCCCCCAAGGGAUCCGUUUAAUCAUGCUCACAAACCAUUUAGCUGCUCAGUUCGACUCAGUGUUAAUAAACAUUUAAAAUAAAUCUCUUGAGAUGCUACCUCCCUCCUCUGCGUCCUCUUGCUGAGUAGUUUCUACUGCAGGACGUCCUCACACUGACAUUCAAGCCUGCCUGACCCACCUGUACACACAUUUCACAAAGUAGCUUCCAUUUGUCACUUCCUCUCUCCUUGCUGAGUGGAAAAAGACAAGUUUUAUUGUUUUAUCUGAGUUUUCUCAACAUGAUAAUUAACUUUUCUUUUUUAAAUUACCAGCUCUUUAAAAAAAAACUGCAACAGUGAAGUCAGCACUUCUAGUCUUGAUAAAUACCUUCUCUCUCCUCUGCUGUAUGUGCACUCAUUAAGUACAUAGGUGGGGUUUUUUUUUUUUUUUUUGAUUUUCGAGAACAUGCUUGCUUUGGCAGAUGUGAAGAAGAGCAAAAAAAAGCACAUCAAGCAGCCAUCCUUGUUUAUGUUGAUCGGUCGGGAGGAAAUGUUUCAAAAGUAAGGAGCCUUUUCUCUGCUUUACCACUCUUGUUUCUUUUCUUCUGGUUUGGCAGUUAUGUAGCAUGUACCUGAAUCCCUCAUGAAAGUCUCGCUGUAUUUCUGUCUACACAUCUGGGUUUUUUGCCUUUUCUGCCUUCGUUGGAAUGUCAUCAACAUGCUGACUUUGUAAUAAAGGAAUUCUUGACUUUUGAA